CCACAGAUAUAAGGCAGAGGAUUUCAGAGGAGAACAGCACAAACACAGCAGACUCCAGCAGAGAUUACCGGACCACCCUGACCCAGACUGGACUGAGUACUGCCGUCUGGACUUUACUGACUCCACUUUACUCUGGACUUGUGAGGAUUAGAGGCGAAAUGACUCUGGAGGAGCUGGUGUCCUGCAGCACAGAUACAGAGAUGCAGAGUGUGUGUGAUUGUCUGGAGGAGCUGCUGAAGGCCGCUCGUGAUCAGGAGCGUCUGACGGUCGGCGUGUACGAGAGCGCCAAACUCAUGAAUGCUGACCCGGACAGCGUGGUGCUGUGUGUGUUGGUGUGUGAUGAGGAGGACGAGUGCGACGUUGCGCUGCAGAUUCACUUCACCUUGAUCAGGGCGUUCUGCUGUGAGGCCGGAGUGGACAUGCUGAGAGUGUCCGGCAUGAGGAGACUGGCAACAGUGCUGGGAGAACCAAGAGAGCGGGACCUGCACUGCAUCCUGGUCACGAGUCCUCAGGCUGAGCGCGAGGAGCUGGGAGCGGUGGGUCGGUACUGCAGCGAGAGCCGCACCAGGAAUCAGUGGCCGCCCUGCAUCACCCUGCACGAGCGCUGACCGGCUCCACACUGGACACCUUCACUGAGGAGAGCCGCAGAUAAACACACCGAAGAGCGACGUCGCUCUGUAGUUACGAUAGACGCCUGUGCAAAUUAGCACACCUCUCAGGACCCCCGGACUCCCAGCACGAUGAAUGUGGCUGACUGUAUAACUAUGGGAGGUUUGGGGCAGUGGGGGGCACAGUGGGGGUACAGAGGCCUGAGCUGUUCACCACGUUUCGGAGACCAAGCAGCGUGAGACUGAAACAGGAAACAGCCGGCUGAUAAAGUCCCGAGUGCACAGAAGUGGACUGGUCAGAUUUGUCCUCGUUAUUAUUGACUGCACUAUUUAUCACUGGACACACUGUAAUGGCGAUGCAGACACUAUGAUUUAUUUAUGAAUUGAUGCAGGUUUUUUCUUAAUAUAAAAAUAAAUGCAAAAGUACAGAUACAGCUUCA